CUGACUCCGCCCACGUAGGUCACAGGGCGGUGUUUUUACGCACUACCUUAGCCACACUUCCGGCAAAAACUGCAAAAAUCGUUCUGGUGCACAUUGAAUAAACAGAAGAGGGAAAAAUUCUGCAUUCCCGGUCACAGUACUUGGUGACGCUUUUUGUGGGGCUCCUUGAAAGACUCUCCCCAAGACAAAUGGAGGAACUGUCAUUAAAUUCACUCCAUGUUAUUAAAGGAAAUGUGGAAUAUAAGCGGAUUUAGAUACUACAAAGCUUGAGCAGGGCCUUUCUGCCCUCCCACAUUCUAGUCCUUGCAGACACUUCCGGUGACCUGGCCCCAGGCUAGUAACAGCCGGGUUUAUACCUUCAACCUGGCCGGCGCCCCCUACCCUUGGUACCCACAGAGACGCCUUGCAGGAUGUUUCUCCGCCACUAUAGGCUGGAUGUAGUCCGUAAACUUUUCCUUCCUGCCUAGCGGGGAAAGCUCUCUUCCAUUUCCGCUCGCCGCCGCCGGCCCCGCCUCCCCUGCCCCCUGCUGGGUCCUAGCGCCGACCCCUCUGGUAGUGUCCCGGGCUCCAUCCCUGCGAAGAGCCGACGCUGACACCACGGAGCCAGCCUGAGUCCGAUCAGAGAAGCCCCGCCCACCAAGGCCAUGGAGGUGGAGGCCUCGGAGGCCCGGUCCCCAGCCCCUGCCUACAAGCGCUGUGGCCGCCGCUACAAGUGCCUGUCCUGUACCAAGACAUUUCCAAACGCUCCCAGGGCAGCACGCCAUGCUGCAACACACGGGUCUGCAGACUGCACGGAGGAGGUGGCCGAGGUGAAGCCAAAGCCGGAGACAGAAGCCAAGGCGGAGGAAGCCAGUGGGGACAAGUUGUCUGGAUCAGCAGCUAAGCCUCGGCCCUACGCGUGCCCGUUGUGCCCCAAGGCCUACAAGACGGCACCCGAGCUGCGCAGCCACGGUCGCAGCCACACGGGCGAGAAGCCCUUCCCGUGCCCCGAGUGCGGCCGUCGCUUCAUGCAGCCUGUGUGCCUGCGCGUGCACCUGGCCUCGCACGCCGGCGAGCUGCCCUUCCGUUGUGCGCACUGCCCCAAGGCCUACGGUGCGCUCUCCAAGCUCAAGAUCCACCAGCGCGGUCACACCGGCGAGCGGCCCUACACCUGCGCUGACUGCGGCAAGAGCUUCGCCGACCCCUCAGUGUUCCGCAAGCAUCGGCGAACACACGCGGGGCUACGGCCCUACAGCUGUGAGCGCUGUGGCAAAGCCUACGCAGAACUAAAGGACCUGCGCAACCACGAGCGGUCCCACACUGGUGAGCGCCCCUUCCUCUGCUCUGAGUGCGGGAAGAGCUUCUCCCGCUCUUCGUCACUCACGUGCCACCAGCGCAUCCACGCAGCGCAGAAGCCCUAUCGCUGCCCGGCCUGCGGCAAGGGCUUCACGCAACUCAGCUCCUACCAGAGCCAUGAGCGCACCCACUCGGGCGAGAAGCCCUUCCUGUGCCCGCGCUGCGGCCGCAUGUUCUCUGACCCCUCGAGCUUCCGGCGCCACCAGCGUGCGCAUGAGGGCGUGAAGCCUUACCGCUGCGAGAAGUGCGGCAAGGAUUUCCGGCAGCCGGCAGACCUGGCCAUGCACCGGCGCGUGCACACAGGCGACCGGCCGUUCAAGUGCCUGCAGUGCGACAAGACUUUUGUGGCGUCCUGGGACCUCAAGCGACACGCGCUGGUGCACUCAGGCCAGCGGCCCUUCCGCUGCGAGGAGUGUGGGCGUGCCUUCGCUGAGCGCGCCAGCCUCACCAAGCACAGCCGCGUGCACUCCGGGGAGCGCCCCUUCCACUGCAAUGCCUGCGGAAAGUCCUUUGUGGUCUCAUCAAGCCUGAGGAAGCAUGAGCGGACCCAUCGUAGCAGUGAGGCUGCAGGGGCUCCCCCACAGCAGGAGCUGGUAGUGGGGUUGGCGCUGCCUGUGGGCGUGGCAGGUGAGGGCUCAGCUGCCCCAGCAGCGGGUACGGAACUAGGGGACCCUCCAACAGGGCUGCUAGAGCUACCCCCGGAGCCAGGUGGUGUGAUGGCCACACAGUGGCAGGUGGUGGGCAUGACGGUGGAGCAUGUGGAGUGCCAGGAUGCUUGUGUUGGGGAGGCUCCUGGUCCCUUGGGAGGGGCAGGUGAGGUGGGGGGUGAGGAGGUUGACGAGAAGCCACCACAGUUUGUGUGCCGCGAGUGCAAGGAGACCUUCUCCACGCUGACGUUGCUGCGGCGGCACGAGCGCUCACACCCGGAGCUCCGGCCCUUUCCUUGCACCCAGUGCGGCAAGAGCUUCUCAGACCGGGCCGGGCUGCGCAAGCACAGCCGCACACACAGCUCUGUGCGCCCCUACACCUGCCCUCACUGUCCCAAGGCCUUCUUGAGUGCCAGUGACCUGCGCAAGCACGAACGCACCCACCCCGUGUCCAUCGGGACCCCCACGCCCCUGGAGCCCCUUGUGGCUUUGCUAGGAAUGCCUGAAGAGGGGCCAGCCUGAAGCCGGUGCCUCCCCCCAAGCCCCACACUCCCAGGAAUCCAGCACCCCAGGGUGCUUCCCGAACUCCUUUUGCUCCAGCUCACUCUUUAGACUCCAGAUCCCUGCCCCUGAGCAAUUAGCUCAGCUGUCGCCCAACUGAGAGGCUGACAGCUGCUGUGAGAGACGUGGUUCUCUCUGAGCAACAUCAUUAAAGCACUCACUUUGA